AAUAAAUUCAGGAAUAGGAGAAAAAUUUCAUAUUUUGUUUGAAGUUAAUUUAUAGUAAGAAAGUCAUUAGAAAUGCCAUUGCCUGCUGCGUUAGCUGCUAGACUUGCGAAGAGAGGCCUCAUCACAGGAUCAGACAAAAAUGAAUCGUCAUGGAAAAAAGAGGCGAAGAAGAAAGUGCAUGAAGAAGUUAUAGCUGAAGACUACGACAAUGCCAAGGAUGAGAUCAAUGAGAUCGAUAUAUCGGAGAAAUUCAUGGGAUACAGCGGAUGUCCAAACAAAUACAAUAUUCACCACGAAUGUACGAAGAAAUGUAAAGAAUUGUGGGGGACUGGCCAACUGCAGCCUUCAGACAAGUACUUGAAAAAUCAAAUGAAAUUAAUUCAGAAAUAUCCGUUACCUGAAACCUGGAAGGCUGUCUACGAUCCGGGCUCUGGGCAGCAUUACUACUGGGACUGGUCAUCGGAUUUAGUCUCUUGGCUGCCACCAGGUCACCCAAAAUGCCAGAUAUCUCAGCCAGCCUCGCAAUUACGAGAAGAAUUGCAUCUGAAAGCUGCUGAUCAGGAUGAUAAUAUGUCUAGUGAUGACAGCGGCAGUGAUCAAGAGCCCAUGGAGGUUGAUGAAACUGAAACGAGGAGAGAACACAAAGCCUCGAAUAGGGAUAGUAGAUUCAAGAUUCCAGAUGCGAAGAAAUCGUACAAGCCAGACGCGAAUAAAGAUAAGAAGGAUCGUACCCUGGAUCCAAUGGAUCCAGCCUCCUACAGUGAUAUCCCAAGAGGUAAAUGGUCAGAUGGUCUUGCUCGACAUAAUGAGGCCAAAACUGGGGUAGAUACAACAGCAUCUGGACCACUUUAUCAAAUGCGACCGUAUCCAAGUCCUGGAGCUGUUCUGAGAUCUAAUAAAUCAUCCAAACCCGAGUUGGAAACUCAGAAUAAUAAACCAAAAGUAUCUUUUCCUGAGAAACCUGAAUAAACUGUCCUCAUAUGACUACCAAUAAAUUUAAUUGAUUUAAUAAA